AUGACCACAAAUAUGGUUAAUAGUAGUAAUAGUUUAAAUACUACUGCUGCUUUAAGUAAUAGUAAUAGUAAUCAAGAUAGUAAUCAAGAUAAUAAUGAAAUUAAUAAUCUAAGUGAUAGUAAUAGUAAUGAUAGCUUAGAUAGUAAUACAGAUAGUGUAAAGAAUGAUGAUACUGAACCAUCUAGUUCAACAACAACAGCAGAUUCUACAUCACUAAGUAAUCAUCAUUUACACAAGAUCGAUCCAAAGGCAUUCUUACAACAGAAAUCAAACAAUAGUUUAAGUUUCAACACGUUCUUUCAACAUAACAUGGUAAAGAGUUUAAGAUUACUUAAAAGAUAUAACAAUAGAAAUAGUAGUAGUAGUAAUAGUAAUAACAAUAACGAUAGUAAAUUAAAUUCAUCAAAGACUGUUAAACCAGAAGGAAAUAAUCAUUAUUCUUCAUUCUUUAAUGGAAAUAGUAGCAAUAGUAACAAUAACAGUAGAGAUAACGGUUUUAGAAAUGACAAUACCAAUAAUUCAAUAUUUAAUUACAACGGUAGUGGUAAUGGUGGUGGUGUUGGUGGAUCAAUCAGCAGCAGCAGCAACAACAAUGAACAUGCUUUGGUCAUACCUUUUAGAAUAGAUGAUGACGACGAUGAUGAUGAUCCAAUACUCUCAAUUGAUAAUAUUGUAUUGAAAAAGAAUAAUAACAGUAACAAUAACAACAACAACAAUAAUAAUAGUGUUGACUAUAGUGAUGCAGAUGAUGAUGACAAUGAUGACUCUAUAGAUUCAUCAGAUGAAGAUGAGUUACUUGAAGACGAUGAAGAUGAACUACUAGAUGAAUUUGACAAUGGUGCUAUCGUUGGUGAUGAAGAUCACUAUGGAGAUGACGACGACGAUGAAGACGAAGAUGAUUUAAAUUCAAGUGGAAAUGAUAUGCCAGAAUAUACUAAAUCAUAUAGUUUGUUUGGUAGUGACAAUAGUCCACAUUUCUUUAAGAAUCUCAUUCAUCCAGUGUCAGAGUUGAAUGCGCAUGUCUUGGUACAUAACGAUCGUAAUAAAUGGACGAGUAACAGUGGUGGUUAUUUCAGGGGAAAUAGUGGUAGUGCAAGAGGUCAACAACAACAACAACAACAACAACAGAGUCAACAUAGUCCAAAACAACAACAAAGUCCUCAACAAAGUCAACAACAACAACAAUUUAGUAGUGGUAGUGGAUUCAAUGGAUUCAUUCCAUCUUUUGCCACUGCAAGUAAUAAUAAUGGAUUAUUACCACAACAGCAACAGCAACAAUCAUUUGAGACAUCAUCGAGUUCUGCCGCUCAACAGAUGAAACUACUUCCUUCAGAGAGUCGUUAUUUCAUUAUAACCUAUUUGAAUCAAGGAUUCUCAUUGGAACAAUGUUUGUAUGCUCUGUUGAUUUCCAAUCACGAUCACUCCAUUGCUUCACAAUGGUUGUUGCAAUUGAAGCAGAAUUUCUUUAACAACUGGCAUUCUUUCUCACCGAAUGUAGCUACUCAACAACAACAACAGCAAUUCUCACCUACUCUUACACCUGGAGGAAUAACACCAACAUUAUCAUCAUUAACAUCACCUUCAUUAUCUGAUAUCAAUAAUAUUAGUAAUAAUAAUAAUAAUUCAGAACAUACAUUACAACAAUUACCAUCACCAUUUACACCAAUUAAUCAAACAGUAUCAUUACCAAAUUCACCAAGUUUUAAUAUGAAUAUUGAUGAAACCAACAAACAAAUCAACAAUAUCAUAUCGAAUCUUAAUCAGAUAUCAAACAAUCAAUCUAAUCAACCUAAACCCAAUAAUAACAAUGGUGUUGGUACUUCAAAUAACAAUUAUAAGACAAUGGUGUAUCCACCUACAACAUCAUCACCACCAUCAAAACAAAGUAAAGUUGAGAAAUUGCAACAACAGCAACAAAAACAACAACAAGAUGCACAAAAGACAACCUCAAAUAAUAAUAAUAAUAAUAAUAAUAGUAAUCAAAUUAAAGAAGCAAAUAGAUUAUAUUCUUUAGGUAUACAAUAUUUAAAACAAAAAGAUUAUGAAAAGGCAUUAGGUAUGUUUGAUAAAUCAUAUGAUAUCAAUCCAACUACUCAAUCAAAGAAUAAGGUAUUUGAAUUGGCAAAUCUUAUUAUUAAGAAUAAAAAUAGUCAACAACAACAACCUCAACAAACAACGACAACAACAGCAACAACAACAACAACAACUGUCAUUCCAACAAACAAUCAUCAUCCACCACAAUCGAAAAAGUCUGAUACAAAGAUAGCAGAGGAAAAGAAGGAAAAAGAAAAGAGAAAAGAAAAAGAAAAGGAAAUAGAAAAGGAGAGGGAGAAGGAGAAAUUAAAAGAGAAAGAAAAAGAAAAACAAAAGGAAAAGGAAAAACAACAAAUAGGAGAUGAGAUGUCGAUCGGUGGUGGUGGUGGAAAAUCUUUAGCUUUGGUCGAUGAUGUAGAUUCAGAUUUAAAUUUCAAUGGUAAAGGCGAGGAACAAGAAACAAAGGAGGCAAAAGAAAAGAGAAUCUCAUUAAAGGCACAGAGAAAAGAAGAGAGACGAAAGGAAAGGGAGGAGCGCGAACAAAAGGUGACUAUGGAACUGCGUGCCAAACAAGAGCAACACGAAAAGGAGUUGCUAAAGAUGAUAGAGAUCGAACAACUCGAGAAGGAGAAGAAAGAGAUUGAGGAAAGAGAGUUGCGCAGACAGCGUGAGAUUGAGCGAGUCGAACGCGAAAAGACGUUGGAGCGUGAGAGAAUCGAGUAUGAAAGAGAGUUGGAGCAGCGUACUUUGCUUGAGAAACAACAGAAAGAGGAUCGUGAAAGAAAGGAGCGUGAAAAGCGAAGACAACUUCGUGAGCGUAGAAAAGAGGAACAACUUCGUAUUCAAAUGGAAAUCGAGAGAGAAAGAGUCGAGCGUGAAAAGGAAAGAGAGAAACUAUUGGAGUUGGAGAAGGAACAGAAAUCAAAGUUGAAACCAAAGAGAAUUAAACAUUCAAAAAAUAAGGAACAAGAUUUAAUGAAUGAAUCAAAGUUUGUUAAUCCAGAUGGUUCAAUUAUUUAUCUUGAUGAAAUUCCUGAUUUAAUUAGUGAUGAAGAUGAUGAGGAUGAAGAUAUUCAACAACAACAACAACAACAAGAUCAACAACAAUUAAUAUUACAACAAUUACAACCAAUGAAAUCAAAUAACAAUAAUGAAGAUAAAGAUCAUAAUAAUGGUGAUGUUUUAUUAUCAAAAGAGAAACCACAACAAGCAUCAACUGCAUCGUCCUCAACGCAGAGUAAAUCAACAGGAGUCAUCAAGAAGAAAUCUUUAUCAAAGUCACCAAAAGAAAGAUAUCCCGAUAUGAUGGAUGAGAUACCUGAUCUUAUCAACGAUGACAUUGAAUAUAGUAUCAGACCUAGAAAGGCAUUGCUCACAAGACAUCCAGUCAAUACCGCCAAUGGUCAGCCAACUGAAAGUCAAUCAAUCUGGAGAUCAACGAUCGGUUUAGUCUGGUGGCUUGUCAAGAUGUUCACACUUCCUCUCAUGAGUAUACUUGUUAAGAUAUUCUUUGGAUUCAACUAUAAAUAUUGUAAAUGUUGUGAUUCGUUCCAUGAUAUGACACCAGUUUCUGGAUUUGUUUGGGGUGAAGGCAAUAGAGUUUUCUUUUUAGGUCAUGACCUAAAGAGAGAAGAUGUUUCAAGCUAUGUUGACAUCUCUUCGCUAAAACAAUUCGACAACCAAACUCAGCACAAGAAGAAAAAGAGUUCACAAAAGAAAAAAAAUGAUAAUAUAAAUAAAGAAAAACAAUAA